UGUAGUCAACUCAAAAAUAAGAAAUAAGAGGAUUUUUAUUUCAUAUGAAUACGCUUCAAUCUCAUAUUAAAACUAUUACCAUAACAGUUACUAUCAUUGUCACUGAAUCAUUGAAGGGUUUUCAGAAAUCAAUAGUGGUUCCAAAUUCAUAAAUUCAUCAUCACUAUGGCAAGUACUGAGGAAAUUUUAAACAAACCCCCAGAACAUUGUCCUGGCACACAAAGUGAAAGUGCUGGAAAAGCAUCUGCUUGUGAGGGCUGCCCUAAUAAACAAAUAUGUGCUUCGGGUGUAACUAAAGGACCUGAUCCAGGAAUUGAACUUGUUAAAAAACGAUUACAAGAUGUAAGAAAUAAAAUUCUUAUUCUAUCUGGAAAAGGAGGUGUCGGAAAAAGUACUGUUACUGCUUUGUUGAGCAGAACUCUAGCAUUACGAAAUUCUGAGAUGAAUGUGGCAGUUUUAGAUGUUGACAUAUGCGGUCCUUCUCAGCCAAGAGUAAUGGGAGUGCAAGAUGAACAGGUCCAUCAAUCCGGUUCUGGAUGGUCUCCAGUAUAUGUAGAUGACAACCUAUCUGUUAUGUCAAUUGGGUUCCUCCUUUCUUCGGUUGAUGAUGCUAUCAUUUGGAGAGGACCUAAAAAGAAUGGUAUGAUAAAGCAGUUUUUGAGCGAAGUUGACUGGGGAAAAUUGGAUUACCUAUUGAUUGAUACUCCCCCAGGAACUUCUGAUGAACACUUAAGUCUUUCCACUUAUUUGUCCGAAGCAAAUCUUACUGGGGCAGUAAUUGUCACCACUCCACAGGAGGUGGCUUUGCUGGAUGUCAGAAAAGAAAUAGAUUUUUGCAGAAAAGUUAACAUAAAUAUCUUAGGAGUGGUUGAAAAUAUGUCAAUGUUUGUAUGCCCAUGCUGUCAGACCAUGUCCGAAAUUUUUCCUGCAACAACAGGGGGUGCAAGGCAAAUGUGUGCAGAAAUGAAGGUCCCAUUUCUUGGUAGUUUACCCCUAGAUCCCGUUAUUGCAAGAUGUAGCGAUGAGGGCAGAGACUUUGUGAGUGAAUUGCCAGAUGCAGCUGCAACAAAAAGCUUAAUGAAUGUGGUUGACAAUAUUAUCCAGGCUUGUGACAAGAAACAAUUGAUAUAAGAAGUGAUGAAUAUUUUUGGAUGUUAGUAUCAAUCGAUGGAAAUUUAUUUUUGUCAGUAUAUUGUAUAUGAAUGUUGUGUACUAUAAAAUAUAUAAAUAGUUCAGCAA